AUGUUUGCUCUCGAGUUGCUCGAGUCGCUAGAGGACGGGGCGCACGGAGCCACGUCGUCGACGGCCUAUCUGCUGCAGGAUGAGACGUUGGUCCGCUUCCUGCGAGCGCGCAAGUGCGAUGUGGAGGCCGCGGCAAGCAUGGUCAUUGAGUGUGCAAGAUGGCGGGUCGCCUUUCGUCCGCAGGACCUCCGCUGCGAAGGCAGGGUCCGCUCCGAGCUGCAGAUGGACAAGUUUGUGGCCAUGGGCCAGACCAAGUCGGGCCAGCCGUCGUUCCUCAUCUUUGCCGGCCGCCACAAUCCGGCCGAGUCGCCGCUAGAGAACGUCGUCGCCGCCGUGGUGUGGAUGCUCGAGCUGAUGGAGAAGCGCAUGGCUGCGUACGGCGUCGACAAGUGCACCAUCCUUAUGGAUUACUCGGGCUGGGGCUACGCCAACAUGGACAACAAGAUGACCCAGGAAGUCCUCCAGAUCAUCCAGAACUACUACCCCGAGCGCCUUGGCCGUGCCUUUAUGAUCAACACUCCGUGGCUGUUCAAGGGCGCUUGGCGCGUCAUCUCGCCGUUCCUCGACGCAAACACAAAGUCCAAGGUCGUCUUUACUGGCUCUGACUACGGCGCCGAGCUCCGCGAGUACUUUGAUUCCGAUCAGCUCGCAGACUCGCACGGCGGCACCAUGCACUGCGCCUUUGACCUCAACGCCUUUCUUGCCGAAGAGGCGAGCUACGAGGUCCAGGCCGAUGCUAACGCACUCGCCACUCCGGCCGCCUCCGGGCUUGCCUCGUCCGCUGUGGACGAGAGCCCGGACGGCCACGCCCUCACCUCGCAGCUCGAGGCCGAGGUCACUGCCAUCCUCCGUCGCAAGCCCAAGCGCAGGCCCGAGCCGGCCCAUGGUCGCGGCUGCGUCUCGCCGUCGGCGAUGCCGCUCGGUCUGGUCAUGCGCCGCUACGCCGAUGAGGACCUCGUCGGCUCCAACGGCGAGUUUGCCGGCACGCCCCGCCCAGACUGGACCCCGCGCGAGUCUGCAAACCCCAUCGUGUUUGCCUCUCAACAAGGCUCCGCGCCCUCGGCCCCGUCGUCGUCACGAACGCCGGCAAAGUUCAUGCGCCUCUCCGUCCUUGACUUUUCCACAGACUCGGCCGCCGCGGCCGCCGCGGCCGACGACCAUCCCUCAUCGCGCGCAAGCUCACAGUCCUCCGUCUCCUCCAUUUGGAGUUCAGUUCGCUCGCUCCGCGCGCGGGCCUCGCCCGCCGCUGCCCGCUCCGCCACUCGCUCCGUCACCCGCUGGAUCACUCGCGGGCCGGGCCUCAAUCUCGGUGACGCCAGGCCGGCCUCCCGCGACUCGGACGGCUCCUUUUCUGACUACAUCGAUCCGGCCGCCGUCCCGCACUCUCCGGCCUCCUCCGGCAUCCGUGAUCGCUCCCGCAAUCCCUCGGCCCGUUCCAAUGCUCUCUCCUAUCUCUCCGAUGGCGAGGUCACCAUGUACUACGACGUCGAGUAG